UCAAUGAGCUAACUGGAGCUCACUGUGCACUCUGGUCCUCUGCUGUUCCUGCUACCUUCUUCAAGUCUGCAUUUUGGGCUGCACUCGGAAUAGGACACUGAAAGACUAGAAGCUGCAAAGGAGAUUGGACUUUGGGACAAUGAUGUUACCCUCCUCUACGUUGGUGCUGCUGGUCACAGCACUGACCAGUGUCUGGGCCCAAGAAGUUAAAGAAGAGAGGAAAACUAACAGGAAAUCCAGGGCCAAACUUCUAGCUGCAAAUAUUCAUGAUGGACAAGCCAUCCUGGAUAAGGACUGUAGCUUGGAGCUCUCCUUCCUGUUGGACAGCUCCGAGAGCGCCAAGGACAAUCACGAGCAGGAAAAGCAGUUUACCGUGAACAUGGUGGACAGACUCCAAGGAGUACAGCUGCAGAAUGGCCGCAAUUUGAGCUUUAGGGUGGCUCUGCUCCAGUACAGCAGUCAUGUUAUCAUAGAGCAAACCUUCAGAGACUGGAAGGGCACAGAGAACUUCAAGACCCGUAUUGCUCCCAUCAUCUACAUUGGGCACGGCACCUACACCACCUAUGCCAUCACCAAUAUGACCAGGAUCUACCUGGAGGAAUCCAGUCCCAGCAGCAUCAAAGUGGCCGUACUGCUCACAGAUGGUAUUUCCCACCCGAGGAACCCUGACAUUUUCUCUGCUGUUGCUGAUGCCAAGAACCAGGGCGUCAGAUUCUUCUCUUUGGGCAUCACCCGGGAAGCCAACGAGCCAACCAAUGUGGCCCAGCUCCGUCUACUCGCCAGCUCCCCGGCCUCCCGCUUCCUCCACAAUUUACAGGACGAAGACAUUGUUGAAAAAAUCGUCACUGAGAUUACUGGCUUGGCUGAUGAAGGAUGCCCUCUGGCUCAGAGAUGUGCCUGUGAGAAAGGAGAGAGGGGACCAAGUGGGCCUGCGGGGAAAAAAGGUCGCUCAGGAGAUGAUGGCGCCCCAGGGCUUAGAGGGCAAAAGGGUGAAGCAGGACUAAGUGGUCUACCCGGGAGAGAGGGUGCUGAGGGAAAACCAGGUUACAAUGGAGAGAUGGGUGACAGGGGCGAGUGUGGAACUCCAGGAAUCAAAGGAGACAGGGGUCCUGAGGGUUCUCUUGGACCAAGAGGGCUUAGAGGUCUGCAGGGAUUACCAGGACCACAUGGAGACAUUGGACCAGAGGGCCAUCAGGGAAAGCAGGGUGAGCGUGGCCCACCUGGCCCUUCAGGAAUUCAGGGAGAAACUGGUACUGGACUUCCUGGACCAAAAGGUGACAUGGGAUUCCAGGGCCGACCAGGUCCUCCCGGUCCCCAUGGAGUGGGCGAACCCGGCAUUUCUGGACCUCAAGGAUCACAAGGUGUUCAAGGGGAAAAAGGACCCCAUGGCGAAGGGCUUCCCGGACCAAAGGGUGACUUGGGACCUUUAGGUUUUCCAGGGCCAACUGGAAUGACAGGAGCUGGCAUACAGGGAGAGAAGGGAGUCGAGGGUCCAAGAGGUCCACCAGGAGCCAGGGGACAUCCAGGAGAAGGUUUACUUGGACCAAAGGGAGACCAAGGUUUACCGGGAGAGCAGGGAACCACAGGCGACAGAGGCAUUGGUGAGCCUGGCUCAAAGGGAGACCCUGGAGCACCUGGUAUGGGCGGCCUGCCUGGUCUUCCAGGAGAGGAUGGAGCUCCAGGACAGAAGGGGGAGGCAGGUUUACAUGGUUCAAAAGGUUCAGAGGGAGCACAAGGAAUUGGCACUCAAGGGGAGAAGGGUGACCAGGGUCUGAGGGGCAUCCGUGGGUUACAUGGGCCACCUGGGAUCUCAGGACCGUCUGGACCAAAGGGUGAACGUGGGAUACCAGGCCAGCAGGGCAUGCCAGGACAUGCAGGACGGUCCAUAUCAGGUCCAAAGGGUGAUGUAGGCCCUUCUGGUCCUUCUGGUCCUGUUGGGGAAACAGGCCAUGGAUUACCGGGUCCAAAGGGUGAUCGUGGUCAUACGGGUUUAUCAGGUCCACUUGGUCCAAAAGGAGAAGGCAUGCCCGGCCCUGUGGGUCCUCCAGGCCUGCCAGGCUUAUCGGGCGAGCCGGGCCCAGAAGGAAUAGGAAUUCCUGGUCCCAAGGGGGAUAUUGGCUUCAGAGGAUUGCCGGGUUUGACCGGCCCACCUGGAGAGGGCUUACAAGGACCACCUGGUAAUGUUGGGAGGCCAGGAGCUGCUGGUCCAACUGGACCUUCAGGAGAGGGUAUUCAAGGCCCAAAGGGUGAGCCAGGAUCUCAAGGUAUGACUGGGCCUAGAGGGCCUCAAGGAGAUGGAUUUCCUGGAGCAAAGGGUGAUCGUGGAUCACAGGGUGAGAGGGGAAUGAAAGGUACUACAGGAGACAUGGGAGAUCAUGGACUCGCUGGGGAAGCAGGAAGGCCAGGAGCAAAAGGAGACCAAGGCCUCACAAGAGAAGACGUUAUUAAGCUGAUCAAAGAAAUCUGUGGAUGUGGCAUCAAGUGCAAAGAACGGCCGAUGGAACUCGUGUUCGUCAUCGACAGCUCGGAGAGCGUCGGCCCCGAGAACUUUGAAAUCAUCAAGGACUUUGUCACCAGGUUGGUCGACCGGACCACAGUCGGACGCAACGCCACCAGAAUCGGACUGGUCCUCUACAGUCUGGAUGUCCAUUUGGAGUUCAACUUGGCUCGCUACAUAAGCAAACAAGACGUUAAGCAGGCAAUCAGAAAAAUACCUUACAUGGGUGAGGGCACCUACACCGGCACCGCCAUAAGAAAGGCGACUCAGGAGGCUUUCUUCAGUGCUCGGCCCGGAGUCAGGAAAGUAGCCAUCGUCAUCACCGAUGGUCAAACUGACAAACGAGAGUCUGUCAAACUUGACAUAGCUGUGAGGGAAGCUCACGCUGCAAACAUUGAAAUGUACGCCCUGGGAAUUGUCAAUUCUUCUGAUCCUACGCAGGCUGAGUUCCUGCGAGAACUCAACCUCAUUGCUUCUGACCCCGACAGCGAACACAUGUACCUUAUUGAUGACUUCAAUACUCUGCCAGCUCUGGAGUCUCAACUCGUCAGCCAGUUCUGUGAAGAUGAAAAUGGCGCCCUCAUUUACAAUCGCAUUACAAAUGGACACUGGAAUGGCAAAAAUGGCCAUGGGCAUGGUAUUAAUGGAAACAAUGGACAUGGGCAUGGUAUAAAUGGAAACAAUGGACAUGGAGAGAACACCAAUGGCUAUGGAAACAAUGGAUAUGGGAACACCGAAAAUGGUCAUAAAUACGAAGAGGAAAUCCAAAAUCUGAGACGCACCAACAGCCGAGGUCGUGGAGACACUUUCACACUGCCCAUCAGUGCUGAUCCUCUCCCUUUUCAGGUUUUGGAAGAUGAUGAAGGUGAAGAUUUAGACUUAAGAGCCCAUGCCCGGGGUGGUAAUACUGUAGCUAUUGUAGCCAAACAAAACAAAACAACAUCUUUGUCGACUGUGAGAGAAAGCUCCGUCUCCAAUGAGGCCGUCUUAUCAUCUUCUACGUCUUCAUCUUCAAAUGCAACAUCUGUCUCAACAUCUGUGGGCUCAGUUUCAUCUUUAAACUCUAAUCAGUUGCAGACCGUAGUGAGAGCAGUCCUGCCUGAAGAGGUCCCUGUUGUUGAUCCCCGCUGUAACCUCAGCUUGGACCAAGGCACCUGCCGAAGCUACAUCAUCCGCUGGUACUAUGACAAGCAGGCCAACGCCUGUGCACAGUUUUGGUAUGGAAGCUGCGGUGGAAAUGAUAACCGUUACGAAACAGAGAAUGAAUGCAAGAAGACUUGCGUUCUAUACAGAUCAGCAGGUUAAAAGGAGAAGAAGACAUCAGAAAGUGGACUUUACUACUCUACAAUCUGCUAUUUGUUAAUGUGAUGCAUUCUGUCAGUUGAGUUCACACUUUUGUCCUCACACACAAAUGUAUUUUUUGAUAAAAUAGCAAAACUAAAAAGUUUUCAAACCUUGAAAAACUGUGGACAUGUUGCUGUUUCACCCCAGUGAAUGACUGACUGACUUAAUCAAGAUCAACUUCAACAAAAACAGUCUUUAUUACCUCAAAUAAAUUGUAUUGUACUUGAUAAACCAGAAGAAAUCCUUUAUUCAGGGUUCGGCUGUCUUGGGUUUCAAAUAACAACUUCAAAAAUGUUAUUACAAUUUAACAUUAACGUGUAGAUCACUCGUAUACCUCUAUGAGCCACGUGCUUUACACACCUUGUGUUGAUAUUAUGUACUGAAAUAUGCUGAGCACUUUUGUGCGCGUUCUGUUUGUUGUUAUUACAAUGUGUUCGUUCAGGUUAUAACUGGUAGCUGUAUUAGAGGGCCAUUUCUGUCUGGGUGCUGCUUUCAUCUUCAUCUAGUGAUGAAGAUUGAGGCUUUCUGCAAUCUAUCCAUUAAAGGUCUGUCUAUUUGGACAGUGUGUGUAUAUCUGAAUAAAUGUUUUAUAUGUUUUUAAUAAUAAAAUGUAAAAUAAUA